AUGUCUCAUUGCUGCAAAACAAGAGGAUGUUUUCUUUCUCUGCUUUCUCUUAAUACCUUUCCUUCUUUUAUUUAUAUUUUUAUGAUCACUGCAAUGUCACUGAUCAAAUAUUUUCUGUCAAUUCAUGGACUAAAAUCAACAAACACUUCACGUUGCUUAUUCUCUCUCACUAACACUUUCUCUCACCCUGACACACACACACUCUCACUCACUUACUUUCUCUCUCUCUCUCUUGCACUUACUUUCUCUCUCUCUCUCUUGCACUUACUUUCUCUCUCUCUCUCUUGCACUUACUUUCUCUCUCUCUCUCUUGCACUUACUUUCUCUCUCUCUCUCUUGCACUUACUUUCUCUCUCUCUCUCGUUCUCUCUCUCUCACAAAAAAUUUUCAAGUCACUCAAGAAGUGCUGUAUAUGGCACUUUUUCUUCAUCCUCCUCCAUCCCUUCCUUCAUCGAUCCCUUGCCCCGCUUCACCCCCUCCCCUUCAGUCUUUCCUGAUUGCUGCUGUCUAUAUAAUUGGUGGUGCUAUUUAUAA